AUGGCGGAGGAGGUUCAAGCCGAUGUCAGGAUUCUACUUGUUGGAGAGGCGGGCGUGGGCAAGACGUCGUUAGUGAUGAGUCUGCUCGAAGAUGAAUGGGUCGAACGCGUACCGCCGAAGCUGGAUCGGGUGUUAAUUCCUGCUGACGUCACCCCUGAAAACGUCACGACAUCCAUAGUUGAUUGUUCCGUGCGCAAUGAAGGUGAUACCUAUAUUGUUAGUGAGUUAAAACAGGCUAAUGUCGUGUGCAUAGUCUACACUGUCUCUGACGACAGCACAAUCAGGAAGGUUACCGAAAAAUGGUUGCCGUUGCUGCGUGAUGUGUACGGCGCUGAUCACGAGGUACCCGUGAUUUUGGUUGGAAAUAAAUCUGAUGGUCCGACAAAUCAUACUGAUAAGGUGCUGCCUAUAAUGGAGCAGUGGCCAGAAGUUGAGACAUGUGUAGAAUGUUCAGCGAAGACAAUGAAAAAUGUCAGCGAAAUAUUCUUUUAUGCACAAAAAGCCGUUGUUCACCCUACGAGACCCUUAUAUGACGCGGAAGAGAAGAGACUAACGGACAAGACACGAAAAGCUCUUAUUCGAGUUUUCAAGAUUUGUGAUAGAGACAACGAUGGUUAUCUGAAUGACGCGGAGCUGAAUGAGUUCCAGAAGCUCUGUUUCGGUAUCCCCUUAACUUCGGCAGCUAUUGAAGAUGUGAAGCGGGCAGUUGCUGACGGAUGUCCUGAUGGUAUCGUUGAAGGUGCGCUGUCGUUACCAGGUUUCCUCUACCUUAACCUUCUGUUCAUUGAACGAGGGCGCCACGAAACAACUUGGACAGUGCUACGAAAAUUUGGCUAUGAAGCAAAUCUUAAGCUCGGAGAGGACUAUCUUUAUCCCCGAAUUCAUGUAAAUUUGGGCUGCUCGACAGAGCUUUCACCUGAAGGUAUUCAAUUCCUAUCGGCUUUGUUCGAGAAACAUGAUGAAGACAAGGACCAGUGUUUGUCGCCAUGUGAACUUGCGAACCUUUUCAGUGUAUGCCCAACAGCUGCACUUAGCAAAGAGAUCCUUUCCGCUGUUGAGACAAAUCAACGAGGUUGGAUAACUUACGCUGGUUACAUGGCUUACUGGAAUAUGACAACGUUAAUUAAUGUGUCUCAAACAAUGGAACAAUUAGCCUAUCUAGGAUUCGCGGUCGGACGAAGUACGCAGACUCGUGCUGGGUCCGUUGCUGACGCAAUCAAAAUCACCCGAGAGCGGAAAAUUGACCUUACAGAAAGAGGAACAACUCGUCGAGUGUUCCAGUGUCUUGUAGUUGGGGCGAAGGAUACCGGGAAGAGUGUUUUUAUGCAAUCUCUCGUUGGACGAGGGCUGUUGGAUGCGAUGCAUACGGGAAAAAGGCAUUACCCAUACGUAAUCAAUCGAGUGAAAGUAAAGGAGGAAAACAAAUAUUUAUUGCUUAGAGAAGUUGACGUUCUGCAACCGCAAGACGUGCUCAGUAGCGCGGAGACAGCCGCAGAUGUAGUUGCAUUUCUGUAUGAUAUUAGCAAUCCAGAUUCAUUUGCGUUUUGUGCAACUAUAUAUCAGAAGUACUUUUAUCGCACAAGGACACCAUGUGUCAUUAUAGCAACGAAAGUCGAACGUGAGGAGGUAGAGCAACGGUGGGAAGUGACGCCAGACGAGUUUUGUAGACAACAUGAAUUGCCACGCCCUAUCAAGUUCACCGAGGCUCAGAUUGGUCUUGCCAGUGGCCCGAUUUUCGAACAGCUUGCUACAAUGGCUGUUUAUCCACAUUUGCGACGAGUGUAUUACCUGCAUGAUUCGAAUCUGUUAUCAAAGAUCACCUUCGGUGCGGCAUUGGCGGCACUAGCUGGAUUCCUGGUGUUCAAGAAUUUGUGA